AUGUCUCAAGCCCGGAAAAGACGCGCGACUGAUCUUAACUCGCCCGGAAGCCAAACACGAAACCAGCGCCCUCGCAGUACACCAGACUCUGACGCGGAAGUUUCUGAUGGUGAUGCCCCUUCAAAUACAGAUGCCAUGGUGAGAAAGAUGGUGCGACUCGCGCUCGCAUGCGAGUAUGCCCGCCUGCCCAUUCGGCGGCCCGACAUCAGCACCAAAGUCCUCGGCGAGCAGGGAUCGCGGCAAUUCAAGCUUGUCUUCGAGACAGCACAGAAACACUUGCGCAGUAAAUUUGGUAUGGAGAUGACGGAGCUGCCAGCAAGAGAGAAAUUAACAAUCACACAGCGGCGGGCCGCUCAAAAAACCGAAAAGCCCUCCAGCACCAACAAAUCCUGGGUACUAACAAGUACUCUGCCCGCAAAAUACCGUAACAUGUCCAUCCUGGCCCCGCCUAAAGCCCCCUCCACCAGCACAGAAAGCGCCUACACAGCUAUAUACACCUUCUUAAUCUCAGUGAUCACCCUGAAUGGAGGCUCACUGGCGGAACACAAGCUCGAUCGGUACCUCGCGCGGAUGAACGCUGACGAAAACACACCGUUCGACCGGAAGGAUAAAGUCAUGGCGCGGCUACGCCGAGAGGGAUACUUAGUGCGCCAUGAGGAAAAAGAUGGCGACGAGAACCGGGUAGAGUAUACGGUUGGACCGCGAGGGAAGAUCGAGGUCGGAACGAGCGGUGUGGCAGGGCUAGUGAGAGAGGUUUAUGGGCGUUCUGAGGGAGAUGGGAAUGGUACACAGGCGGAGCGGGAGGACAGAGCGGAGUUUGAGGCAAAAUUGAGGAGGAGUCUUGGGAUUACGGAGGUGUACCGGCCGCAGGAAGAGGAGGUGGAGCAGGAGCAGAGAGUUGAUGAGGGACCGAGACGGUCUUCAAGGCGUGCUGCUACGAAUGCUGCGGAAGAGUCAGAAUCAGAACAAGACAGUGAUUAG